CCACAUGAAUAAGAACGUUGAGAGAGUAACUCUUCAAUUCCCUUUCUCCUUAUUAGACCGUUGCAAAUUGGCGAACGCACAAAAACUUUGAAAACCAAAAAACUUCCUUGAGAAAAUCACGUCAAUGGCGGAGAUGAACGGUUCUCUGCUGCCGCAACACGCCGCCCUUGACCCCCAAUCUCUGCUCCUCUCUCAAUUCUCCGAUUCCGGAAAGCCACAGCUCCUUCAACUCACAACCGAGAGCUUCGUCAUGGAGCGAGGCCCCAGAUUCAAAGAGUACUCCGAUCUCAGAGAGAGAAAGCUGAGGAUGAAGAACUCCAUGGAUCCACCAGAGGAAAAGAUUCUACACCGAUCGCUUUUGACCCCGCCGAAAAAGCAGGUGAAAUUCAGUUCGACUUUCUCCACCCCGCCCAAGAGGCUCAAGGCGCCGUCUGCUCUGGCCCAAUCCGUCCCGGAUUUCUCGUCGACUCUGCGGAAGGAGAACAGGAAGCCGCCUGCGCUGCCGCCUGUGGCGGAGCGGUCGCUGACGCCGCCGGCUGGAUUUUUGAAGAGCGGGAGCGUUUAUGGGAAGUUGGGAGGAGGGAGCAAGUCGGUGAACUCGGCGGAGAAGAGGAACGGAGGAUUGAUGGCUAGAAAGAGCUAUGCAAGCAUGGCCGAGUUGAAGGGGCUGGCGGCGACGGCCGGGAAUGCCAUCAAUGGAGGAGGGAGGAGCACUAGAGGCGUUGCCAGAACUGUUUUGGGGUCUAGGCACUUUUGAUUUCGCCCACAAUUUGCAAUUGCAUUCAUCAUUUUAUCUUUACUAUUUCUCCUUCAUUAUUUUUUAUUCUUUGAUUUUUGGAUUUCUAUUGCUUGAGAGUGUGAUGUUGUUUCUGGCAGACUUUUUUUUAACUUGUAAUUUGUAUAGAGAGCAGAGCAUGCUUUUGCAGUGUGAUUUUCACAUACCUUUUUUCUUAUAAUGAUACUAUAUUUUUCCAAAAA